GCCUGUAGGCAUUUGGGAGAGAUUUUAACAAUUGAGGAGGGAGGGGUAGAGCAAAAGUCACUGGUAGCGAAGAGGUCUUUGAAUCAUUGGGCCCGGGCUGUCAACAGGUGGCAGAGGGAGAGGCUUGGUGACUGACGUUCAGUCCUUCAGAGAAAAGAGAGACAGAAGGUAGAGGAGGAGAACGUUUGAGAAAAUCCUCAAGGCCAUGACCACUAGACUCCUGUGGAGGGCCCUGUGCCUGCUGGCCCUGCUCUGCACCAUCUCACACUUGAGCUCCGCCGACAACCACCCAGACCCCUCAGCCCCAGAGCAGGGAGUCACCUUCAGCCAUGUCUAUAAAAUUGACAUCCCAGGGAGCUCCACUUGUAAACUAGAACGCCUGCCAGCCCAGGAUGAAGCAGGUUUGCAGACAGAGACCACUACGAAUGGAGAGAACGACAUCAUCUUCAAACACAACAUCAGGCUACAGACGCCAAAGUGUGACUGUGAAGAGUCUGAAAGUUUCAAGUCCUUGAUGUACAGAGUCAAUGGGCUGGAAGAAGAAGUCAACUACUUAAAGACCCAGUGUACUCAGGGCUGUUGUGGAAGAGGUGGUGCUGCAGGUGUGGACACAAGCUGUAGUGGCCAUGGUACCUACCAACAUGACACCUGCAGCUGCCUCUGCAACCCAGGAUGGGAAGGCCCAGAUUGCUCAGUGUCCUCCUGCCCGGACGAGUGCAAUGACAACGGCCGAUGUGUGGAUGGGAAGUGUGUGUGCCAUCAGGGCUACACAGGAGAUGACUGUAGCCAGCUGAUGUGUCCAGACAAUUGCAACGACAAAGGACACUGCGUGAAUGGAAAAUGUGUGUGUUUCUCACACUUCACCGGCGAAGACUGCAGCGUCCAGAAGUGUCCUAAUGACUGCAUCGGUAACGGCCAGUGUGUUGACGGCCAGUGCAUCUGUGAAGAAGGCUUUUAUGGGGAGGACUGUUCAUUAGUCUUCGGCCCACAGGGUCUGCGGGUGGUUAAGGUGACUGACAUCUCUCUCCUGGUGGAGUGGGAGUCCGUUCGUGGGGCAGAGCAUUACAUUCUGACAUAUCAUCCCAAAGGCGAUGAGAGUGCCCUGGAGCAGGUUCGGAUUCCCAACACAGAGAACUCCUACCUCAUCACAGGACUGACUCCUGGGGUCACUUACAUUGUCCAGGUGUAUGCAGUCAUCAAAGAAGUCCAAAGUGAAGCAGACAAGAUUGAGGCUACCACAGAUGUCUCAGCUAUUGAUGGUAUCCGAGUUCUUGGCCAGACAGAAGUCUCUAUUCAGGUGGAGUGGAAGAACCCACCGACUGAAGUAGAUCACUUCAGGCUCACACACACUGACCCAGAAGGACAGGAGGAAGAGCUGAGCGUACAGAGGAGCCAGGAGGCACGCACCAAACACACUAUUGUGGGUCUGUAUCCAGGAACAGAGUACCUGAUCUCAGUGCAGGCCAUCAAAGGAACAACUGAGGGGAAGGCGUCCUCUGUCACUGGUGCCACAGACAUUGAUGCACCAACAAACCUUGUCACCACCGAGGUAACGGAGGACACUGCAACAGUCUCAUGGGAUCGAGUCCAGGCAGAAAUAGAGGGCUACAUGCUGAGCUACACCUCUGCUGGGGGCUCCAGCUCAGAGAUCCCUGUAGGCCGUGAUAGCACCUCGUACAAGCUGGUUGGCUUGAGGCCUGGAGUUCUCCACACGGUCUACAUCUGGGCCUUCAAGGGAGACAAAGUCGGCAGGAAGGGUUCAACAGAAGCUGAAACAGAGCUGGAUGGCCCUACUAACGUCUUGGCCCAUGAUGAGACAGAGUCCAGCUUCAGUGUGUCCUGGGAUCACAGUCAGGCAGAAAUCGAUGGCUACAUCCUAACCUACAGCUCUUCUGAGGGCUCAAGUGAGGAAAUUCCAGUGGGAUCUGACCGUACUUCUUACAAUGUCACCGGCCUGAGGCCCGGGAUCAUCUACACUGUCUACAUCUGGGCUGUCAAGGGGGGCAAGGCCAGCAGGAAGAUCUCAACACAAGCUGAGACAGAACUGGAUGCUCCUGCUAACCUCUUAGCCCGAGAUGAAACAGAGUCCAGCUUCAGCGUCUCAUGGGAUCGGGUCCAGGCAGACAUUGAUGGCUACAUCCUAACCUACAGCUCUUCUGAGGGCUCUAGUGGGGAAAUCCCCCUGGGGCCUGACAGCACCUCUUACAGUCUGACUAGCCUGAGGCCAGGAGUCCUCUACACUGUGUACAUCUGGGCCAUCAAGGGGAACAAAGCCAGCAGGAAGAUCUCAACACAAGCUGAGACAGAACUGGAUGCUCCUGCUAACCUCUUAGCCCGAGAUGAAACAGAGUCCAGCUUCAGUGUCUCAUGGGAUCGGGUCCAGGCAGACAUUGAUGGCUACAUCCUAACCUACAGCUCUUCUGAGGGCUCUAGUGGGGAAAUCCCCCUGGGGCCUGACAGCACCUCUUACAGUCUGACUAGCCUGAGGCCAGGAGUCCUCUACACUGUGUACAUCUGGGCCAUCAAGGGGAACAAAGCCAGCAGGAAGAUCUCAACACAAGCUGAGACAGAACUGGAUGCUCCUGCUAACCUCUUAGCCCGAGAUGAAACAGAGUCCAGCUUCAGCGUCUCAUGGGAUCGGGUCCAGGCAGACAUUGAUGGCUACAUCCUAACCUACAGCUCUUCUGAGGGCUCUAGUGGGGAAAUCCCAGUUGGGUCUGACAGCACCUCUUACAGUCUGACUGGUCUGAGGCCUGCAGUUCUCUACAAUGUCUACAUCUGGGCUUUCAAGGGGAACAAAGCCAGCAGGAAGAUCUCAACACAAGCAGAGACAGAUAUUGAUGCCCCCAAGGACCUGAAGGCUACAGAUGUUACACCGGAGUCUGCUUCUUUGACCUGGGUUCCUCCUCUGGCCGACAUUGAGGGUUACAUCCUCACCUACAGAGAUGAGGAUGGCAACAUGGAGACUGUUGAAAAGCAGCUGGGAGCCAGUGAGAGCAGUUUUGCUGUAUCCAGUCUGGAGAUGGGGAAGAGGUACAUUGUCACCAUCAUCGCCUACAGGGGCAGCAGGAGGAGCAAGGUGGUGGAGACCAUCUUUAAGACAGUUGGCCUCCUGUACCCCUUCCCCAUGGACUGCGUUCAGAUCAUGAGGAAUGGCAAUAAGCAGAGCGGCAUUUACAUCGUUUAUAUCAACAAUAACCAGUCCAAACCUAUUGAGGUCUACUGCGACAUGGACACUGAUGGAGGCGGCUGGCUGAUGCUCCAGCGUCGUACCACUGGCAAGCUGGACUUCAUGAAACGCUGGAGACAGUACAUAGCAGGUUUUGGCAACAUGACAGACGAGUUCUGGAUUGGUCUGGAUAAGAUAUAUGAGCUUACCAACACUCCUACUCAAUAUGAGUUGCGGUUUGACUUGGGCGUGGGCUCAGAGAGGGCAUACGCUGUAUAUGACAACUUCAAGAUUGCUCCAGUCAAGCAGAAGUUCAAACUCACUAUUGGCAAAUACAGUGGGACAGCAGGUGAUGCCAUGACCUACCACCAGGGCCGACCCUGGACUACUGUGGAUUCAGACAAUGACAUCGCCCUGGGUAACUGUGCCCUGACCCACCGUGGCGCCUGGUGGUACAAAAACUGUCACCUGGCCAACCUGAAUGGAAAAUGGGGAGACAGCAGACACAGUAUGGGAGUGAAUUGGGAACCAUGGAAGGGCCACCUGACGUCCCUCGACUUCACAGAGAUGAAGAUCCGACCUUUGGGAGCCCUGUCCAGCAGGAAGAGACGGUCGUUGUUGGCCAGAGAGAAGAACAGAAACAUGAUUCUUCAAAAGAAGUAAAAGAGCACCUCUUUCUAAAACCACAACAUCCGUCUUCAGCCAUGUUAACCUGCCAUCACACUAGACUGGGAUUUAUCUCCUUAUUAGUGUAGCUUGGAUCACCUGUUUUGGUGCUCUGACCACACAGGAAGUCCCACUGGUCUACAUGCCUCUGUGUGUCUCACACUUGGACAAUAUGUACUCUUUAUUUGGGAGGUAGGCAAAGAGAGAAAAGCUCAUAUGCAAUAGUAACUUAUUUUCUGUUUAUCUACAGUGAGAGUCAUCAAAAAUUCCUAGGUUUAGUGUGAUUGUGGGAAAGCGGCAAAUGCGAAACUGCCUUUGAGUUUUGUGUGAACUGAAGUUAAACAUUAAUGAGUUUAGUAGAUCAGUUAUAGUGUAUUUGUAAUUUUAAAAACUCCUGUUUCACUGAUUCUGGUACAAACCCCAAUUAUAAAUCAGGAAACAGCAGAUUUAAGUAAAAUUGGAAACCAUGAAAUUCAGUGUUUCUCCAAUUACUGCAUUAAUUUUUACUUGUUUUUGUCAAAACCUCAGGGCAGCAGCCGGGGUUAUUUGUAUUAUAUUUGUUAAUUUCAUGUUGUAUGAAGAAUUUGAGUAGCAACUUUUCCUGUGUAUAGUAGUACUGUCAUAAUAACAUGAAUGUUGGAAAAAAAA